CACAUUUAUUGUGGUGUAACGUUGGCAGUCUAUCGGGUCAGGGUCUAAGUCCGCCGCUCAGUCGUGUGUGUAAUACAUUUAGUGUAUGUAUUUAGUGUAUGUAAAUCCUAUUAAAAUUGUGCGAUGAACGAAACAAGUUUAAUGUUUGCGAAUUUUUCAAUUUCGUAGUACUUAAACGGGGAAACAUACAUUCGAAUCUAAGUUGGAACUUUUCGAUUUCAACAUAAAAGUUUCCUCGAGCGCAUUUUUGACAUUUAAUAAUGAACUUUCAAAACCAAUAUUAUUUUGUACAAGAAGAUAAGUACCAGAAAAUCUUUGGUAACUGCCAUUUCGCUUGUUCAAUAUUUUGGUUGCCGGCGUAAUCUGUGCUAUGAACCCUGUGGCAAUGGUGAUAGUAUUGUUGCUGGCGAGCCACGUAAACAGCUCGCCAAUAAUAAUGUGGGAUACGCCGAGGCAUUUUUGCGGAGCACAGCUAGCCAACGUGUUGGCGUUGAUUUGCAGUCAAGGGUACAAUUUCCACCCGAACACCGAUGAUGUUACCGUUCCUAGCCGCAGGCGAAAAAGAUCGCCCAUAGUGGUAGAAUGCUGUGAAAAUACAUGCACGCCAUCCCACCUAAAAUCCUACUGUUGGGAGACCGGAAACGGCCAAAGAGUUGACCAGAGCGGUUUUGUUGGGUCGACCGUAGAGAAACCCUCGGUAGAAAAACUCUGGAAACCCCAGAAAACUCCCCGACAACAACAAAGCCAAGAGGUAGACAAUAGUUUACUACUCGACCAAACGUCUGCCAAAACAAUAUCAAAUAGUAUUAUACCUAAUUCUAAAGAACAAAUUAGAAAAACCAACAAUAAGUACAACGCGACCCCGCACACAUUAAUUACAAAACCGGUAAACGGCCAGGAACCCAAGGUUCCAGGACGAGUGAAAACGGUAACGCCCUACUUUGACAAGAUGCCAAAACAAGUCAAUAUCAAUCAUAGCUAUGAAGCAACACUGAAACUCAGGAAUGCCACAUAAUAAUCCCUUAGACAUUUGGAAAAACACCAUAAAACACUGCGUAUUUUCUUUUCGUAUACGUAUUUUUUUUUUACUCUACCUUCCACUAUUAUUAUUAUUAUAAUUAUUAUUAAUACUAUUAUUAUUAAAUAUAUUUUUUUUUAACUACACUUGACUGCGUAGAAAAGAAUGCCUAAUUUAACAAAUUCUAGCUACAAAUCCAGUGUUAUUUUAAUUACUUGUACAAAGAUGUGUAUUUAUAUAAUAUUAACUAUUUCGUUCCUGUGUUAAGUUUGCACUAAGAAUUAGCGAUAUGAUUGUCGGUGUGUAAAAAAACUUCAAAAAUUAUUAUAAUAAUAAUUAUAAAAACGUGUCUGUGAUUUUACGGCAAUUUAUUCUCUCCAUUAUAUGGAACAUAGAAAUAUAUAUGACUAAUAUAAUUUUAUGUAUACGUACUGAAUAUUAAAUACCCGUAAUUUAAUA